GUCCUCGCUCAUUCUCUUGAGCAUAUAUGCACUACUGUUACCGUUUGAUGAGCUUAUUGCGCUGUUUUUAAUUUCCUCUCAUCAUGGCAGACAUGGCUUGCUCAUCGUUUCUUUUCCUGAGCCUUGCCUUGCUAGUUAUAACUCAAAGUUGUUCAAGGUUGGCCGGUGAAGAAACAGGGGAGGUUCAAUACAGAAAGUGCAGCCUGGAGAGGCUAAGCGUUCUGGAACCCAGCACGGUGGUUGAAUCGGAAGGUGGGAAGAUAGAGUACUGGGAUGACCACAAUGAGCAGCUUCGUUGUGCUGGUGUGACCCUAGUCCGAUACACCAUUAGACCUAUGGGCUUGCUUUUGCCUUUCUACACCAAUGUUCCCAGGAUUCACUACGUACUCAAAGGGAAGGGUGCCUAUGAAACGAUAGUAGCUGGUUGUAGGGCAUCGUAUGGGUCCCGAUCAGACGAACACCAAAAGGUCAAUGCCAUACGGCAAGAUGACGUCGUAGCCGUGCCGUCCAGCUCGGCUCAGUGGAUUUACAACACCGGCGACUCCGACGACCUUGUCUUGUUCUCACUCAUCUACACUGACAACGAAAUGAAUCAGCUCGAUCUCACCUUUCGGAGUUUCUUCCUUGGAGGGAACCCACAAGAAGAGCCAAAAAGCGGUAACCAGAGCAAGAGCUGGGGCAGGAACCACCAAAAGUGGCAGAAGGAAGCGGAGACGUCAGGCGGCGGAAACCUAUUCAGCGGGUUGGCGAAGGAGACGGUGGCCGAAUCUUUCAACAUAGACACUGAGCUCGCAGACAAGGUUCAGGGCAUUAAGGAUUCAAGAGGUCCGAUCAUCUUGGUUGAGCAUGGCAUUAGGUGGCUGUCCCCAGAACAAGAAGAAGAACAACAACCCGAAGCAGAGAAGGAGGAGGAAGAGAGAAGAAAAAGACGAGGUCAUGGUGGAAAAACCACAAACGGAGUGGACGAAACAUUGUGUUCUCUUGCAUAUGUACAUCCACUAGGUGAGCCAAGAAUGCACGCUGAUAAAUAUAACCCACGUGGAGGCCACCUCACUAGCCUUAACACUCCCAACAUGCCUAUCCUCGAGUACCUCCGACUUGGCGUGGACCGUGGUGUCCUCUACAAGGAUGCUAUCAUGGUGCCUCACUACAAUGUAAACUGUCACGCGGUGAUAUACUGCACGAGGGGGGGCGGGUGGAUCCAGGUGGUGGGGGAGAAUGGACGGAGGUUUUUCGACGGAGAGGUGAGGGAGGGUCAGGUGUUGGUGGUCCCACAGCACUACGUGGUGGUGAAGAAAGGCGGGGCCCACGCAUUUGACUGGGUGGCCAUUAAAACCAGCGAUAACCCAAUGAUCAACCCGCUGGCCGGAGAGCUGUCCUUGGUCCACGCCACGCCGGACGCUGUUCUGAUGAACUCGUUUCGGAUGAGCAGGGAGGAAGUGAUGCGUUUGAAGAACACUAGAAAAGAACUCACUUUCAUCAGCCCACUCCCUAGUGUGUUUAUGUACAGUAAGGAAUAAAGCUACAAUGGAGUACGUACUUCUGAGGCUAGCCAAUCUAUAGUUUGCUGUGUACUUCGUGUUUGUCCCACUAAUUAACUUGUUAGCUGCUUAUGUAGCUGCUUGAAUAAAAAGUGUAUCUUUUAAAGGGGCUUGAUUAACUUCCUAUCCUCCUCUAAUAUAUAAAGAUAUUGUCGUAGUA